AUGCGCCCUCCGCCCGCGACGUCGGAGCGCACGCCGCUGCUCAAGAACCGCUGCAGCCGCAGCAACGACACUGUCCACGUCGCCGUCUCGUCGGUCGCUCCCCCCGCUCGGUCCGCCCCUCUCCCGCGCUGGUUCGUCGUCGCCGCGUCCGCGAGCGUCUGCGUGACGCUCCUGUGGCUCGUCCUGCUCGCCAUUGGGCCGCCCGUCCUGCGCGAGUUCGACCAGUCGCUCUAUCUCUACGCCGGCGUCUUCAACUCACUGCUCGGCAGUUUCCUCUCGGCCAGCGGUUACUGCUGCCAGAAACUCGCGCACGUCCGCGUGGCGCGUCACGCGGCGCUGGGCACUGCGCCCAUGCAGACCGUCUUCCAGGCCGGCGUCCUACUGCUCGCUAUGGGGACCGUCUCCGCCAUCAGCAACCUCGGGAUCCUCGGCCAAGCCGUGCAGGCCCCUUUUGCCGCCCUCACGCUCAUCUACAGCGCUGCGCUCGGCCGCUGCGUCCUCAACGAGAGCUUUGGCCGUUUCGACCUGCUCUCGAGCGCGCUCAUUGUCGCGGGCGUCGCGCUCGCCGUGUACGCUGCGCAGCUCGCGCACGUGCCGCACGAGGCGUACACGCUCGAGUCGCUCGGACAGCUCUUGACAAGGGACUCGGGCUGGCCACUGGGCUACACGCUCGGGACGCUCACGUACGCGACCGUGCUGCUCCGGCGCGUGCAGUCGGCAAAGCUCCAGCGGUCGUCGAGUGGACUGCUGGCGUUCAGCUCCUGUGCAGGGAUCAUGGCGGGCUUCACGUCGCUCGCGACCAAGUCGGUCGUGGAAGUCACCAAGUCUGCAGUGGAGCACCAGGAGUGGCUCGUGUUGGUGCACCCGUGCUUUGUGCUGCUGGUCCUUGCGGUCCCGUGUGCGCUUGUGCCGCAGCUGUUUUUCCUGAACAAGGGCCUCGAGUUCUUUGGCACGCUCAAGUUCAUUCCGCUGUACCAAGCGUUCAUCAUCCUCGGCAACAUGGGCUGUGGCAUGGUCUUUUACAACGAAAUGGCGAGCUACAGCUCGACUGCACUGACGUGGUUCAUCAGUGGCGUCUUGGUCACGAUCAGUGGAGUGGGUGUGCUGCUGGUCAAAGUGGACGACGAACUCAGUAGUGGUGCCGAUGCCCGGCGCUUGAAUGCAGUGAGGGCCGUGGAUCAACCCAUGGAUGAGCUGCUCGACUGCCGAGACAGUAUCAAGGCCAGAUUCGACACGGACUUUACGUUUGACCAGAUGAAGUGGGCGACCGAUGGGGACAAGUUGACGUCCGACAACUUGCGCGUGUGCCGCGACUUCCGCGAGUGUCAAGAAGCGAUUGUCGAGCUGCUGGUGUCUGCGCGCAAGUCGAUUUUCUACUCGACGUUUUUGUGUGACUUUAACCAGGUUCUCCAUACGACAAAGGACGAGCACAAGGGCAGCACCUUCGUGUCGCUUGUGCGCGACGCUGUGAAGCGUGGAGUCGAUGUCCACGUCUUGUACAACCCCGUGCGCGACUACGGGACGAACUCGAUUGCUGACUUGCGUCGCAUUUUGCCUCGAGAAGUGCACAUUGCUUGCUCAGUGAGUGACCUGGGUCCGAGCUGGUUUACCCGCCACUUGUCGAACAACUCCAGGUACGCGUUCCAUCAUCAGAAGUACAUUUGCGCUGACGAGGAGACCAUUAUGGUCACUGGGUGUGACGUCAACACGGAGCGGGAGGGCUGGUUGCUCAAGAACCAUCUCGGUUACUAUUGGCAUGAGCUCAGUGUGAUCGCCCACUGCACGCCUGAGAUGGUUGGUUGGAUCCGCGCGAAUCACAAGCCCGCGCAGAAGAAACGGUACUACGAUCACUUUAUGGAGUCACCGCCUUUUCCGCUCGUGUCCGGUGGCUGGCGAGAAGAGAAUUGUAUGGUGAACAUGAUCAUGAGUGCCAAGCACUCGGUGCAGCUGGAAAGCCAGAUCAUGAUAUCAGGUGGCUCUCUGCAGCACAACCGCAUCUGUCCUGCGAUCGUCGCUCGUAUCAGUCAAGCCCGCCGCAAGGGCGAGCCAUUUCACGCUCUGAUCCUGACCAACGCCGCACAGAAAGAUGAGCCGUCGUUUCUGGCACGCACGUUCUGCUCGCUGUCCAUUCAAUGGUCGCUGGAGCAGCUGGAAGAAUCUGCCUUGGCGUACGGCCUUACGCUGGACGAGUUGUGGCAGCACCUCCAAGUGGGCUGUCUCGAGUAUGACAACGUGCUGGUCAAAGUGCAUUCCAAUAUCCUGAUUGUGGACGGAAAUUACGCGCUGAGGUCGUCUUCAAAUCUGGCUGACCGCAGUCUAAGUGCACGUCCCAACGACACGGAGCUGGGUUUGCUGUUUUCUGGGCCUCGCGUGAACGAGCUACAGCAAGACUUGCUCAACAUGUACUUGGGCACGGUGGGCGAGCAGUACUCGUGGAGUCAAGUGUUUGAGCGCAUUCGAGGCUCGGCAACGAAGGAACCGGCCGGAUUGAUCCAGCCGCUGAAGAAGAAAGCGUACAGUCCUAUAUUCACGUGGUUCCUGAUGAAUGUCUUCAUUUACCUCAGUGAAGGUGCUACCGGCGGCCGGGUCAAGGUGACAUACGAAACCACGGUAAGUGGUGACAACAAGCACGAGGUCGGGACCUGA